AUGAAUGUCACCACUCACACUCAUCGCACAAUCAAAUCGCGCAAGCUGUACCUUAAAAUUGCAAUAAAUUGUGAUAUUUCUGUAGAAUCUGUUGUAGGACUGUUAAAAUAUCGCAUUUUUGUUAUUUUUGGCGCAAUUGGCUACUUAAAGGCUCCAUUUAAACUUGUGCAUUAUACAACAUCGCACAUUUAUUUGCAAACUUUGGAAAGUUGCUUGGACAAAUUGCUAGUGGCACUGGAUAAUCAUCUAAUUUCACUUCCCUUGCUUGCGGCAGAAAAUCAGUGCAAUCUCUCGUUUAUCAGCUGCGGUAGAACCUUGCCAUCUCUUAUUACAACAUGA